CCCAUAUAGUAGGUGUGCUCAGAGGACACCCAUCCGCAGAGCAUACAUACUUGAACAGUAGAAUGAGAAGAUGCCACUGCAGUCAUUAUCCUUAUGGACAUAUCUAAAUAAUGGUGAUUCCUAGUUCCUGCUACGAAAUCAUGGCCCUUAAGAGGUUAAGUGCCCAACCCCUUUAUUGUCAAUGUACAUGAUGACGCUUAUACCAAUAGCUCUUAGUUCACUUUGAACUGCAUUCCCAGAUUUGUCUUUGAUGUGGAUGAAUUAGCUUUGGAAGAACGACCAAAUUUAUGCACUUUUUUGUUUGAUUUAAUACCACUUUUUUGAGACGACUCACCCACAGAUUUCUUCUUGUUAGCCUUCCCAACAAAUUUGUUCUCGUAUGCUUUUAGGAUCUGCAUAUUUGGUGUUCAUUGACUUAGAAAAGGCAUAUGAUAGGGUACCUCGAGAAGUUCUUUGGUGGGCCUUAACUAGGAAAGGCAUAUCACGCAAGUAUAUCAGCAUCAUCAUUGAUAUGUAUGAGGAUUGUACUACAAGUGUUCGUACUAGUGUAGGAAGGACUGAAGAGUUCCCUAUUACUAUCGGAGUGCACCAAGGAUCGGCCUUGAGUCCUUUCUUAUUUUCCAUAGUCAUGGAUGAACUUACGAAGUCAAUUCAAGACGAUAUACCGUGGUGCAUGAUGUUUGCCGACGAUAUUGUAUUGAUUGAUGAGACGCAAUCAGGUCUUAAAGCAAAGUUGGAAGUAUGGCGACAAACAUUGGAGAAUAAGAGUUUCAAACUAAGUCGGAGCAAGACAGAGUACAUGGAGUGCAAGUUUGGUGGAGGUAGAAGUAGUGGUAAUAGCGGAAUUACUCUGGAUGGUAAGGAGAUACCAGUCAGCUAUAUGUUCCGUUACUUGGGCUCCAUAAUUCAGAAGGACGGUGAGUUAGAUGGAGAUGUAUCUCAUAGAAUCAGAACAGGGUGGAUGAAGUGGAAGAGUGCGUCAGGAUUUCUAUGCGACCGAGGUAUGCCGACUAGACUGAAGGGUAAAUUUUAUAGGACAGCAAUUAGGCCUGCAUUACUGUAUGGCGUAGAGUGUUGGCCGGUGAAACAAUGUCACAUUCAAAAGAUGAGUGUGGCAGAGAUUCGCAUGUUGCGUUGGAUGUGUGGACAUACUAGGAAGGACCGCGUGAGGAAUGAGGCAAUCAGACAAAGGGUGGGAGUAGCACCUAUUGAAGACAAGAUGCGGAAGUCGCGCCUACGGUGGUUUGGUCAUGUGCGUAGAAGACCGAGUGAUGCACCUGUUAGGCGAGUUGAGAUGUGUGGAGAAGAGGCAGGGAAGAGAGGGAGAGGAAGACCCAAACAGACGUGAGUUAGGGGAGUUCGAAGUGAUAUGCUUCUUCUGGGGUUGGAUGAGGGCAUGACUUUGGAGAGAACUAACUGGAGGGCGAAUAUUCACUUGAAGGAGUGAUCUUGAUAAUCUUUUUCCCUCAUCUUUUUUUUCCUAGUUUUUUUUAUCCUUAUAUAUAUAAACAUUAUUUGCAGCCUUUUAUUUUAUCAUUUUUAUAUGUAUUGAUCUUUUUUUUAUAUUAUCUUUUCAUAAUAGCUUAUCUUUUUAUCUUUAUUCCUUCUUUUCCUUUUGGUUGUGAUAUCAUGUAUCGAUUCAUGUUAGCCGAACCCAAUAUCUUUUGGGACUAAGACUUUGAUGUUGUUGUUUGUUGUAUGCUUUUCUCACCUGCCACACUUUGUCAUCAAACUUGUGGCCAUUAAGCACUUCCACUGCCCAAGCCUCAUCAUCUGCAUCCCUAAAGUGGACAAAUCCGUAACCCUUUGAUAUCCCAUCUCCAUCUCUCACUAUUAUAACGCUAGAGAUCGUUCCCCCAAACCAAUGAAAAGCAUUCCUAAGAUCACCUUCAGCUGUUGAUUCAGAUAAGUUCCCCACAAAUACAUUAGUGGGGCUGUGUUUUUUCUUUUCUGGCUUCGUGGGGCAAGAUUUUACUUGCAUGUUCUUGUGCACCAACCUUGCACCAUUCUUCAUCUCAAUAGCUUUCUGUGCAGCUUCUUCACUGCCAUAUUCAAUAUAGCUUUCUGUUUUUUCCCAAAUGCAGAAAAAACAUCAUGGAGCAUAUCAUUGCUAAUGCCCUUGUCCAAAUUCUGUAUACAAAUGCUGCUAUGACCAUUUUUUUGCUCAGUGGGCUCUACAUGGGACUGAUUCAUAUCAACAUAUUCAUAUGUGGAAUUAAACAUAUUCAUGCACCAUUUAGCAGUACUGUGUAAUUAUAUAUUCAUAUGUGGAAGUGUGGAACUGUGGAAGCAUGUGGAAGCUUAUGACUGAGAGUUAAGUGUUAACACAUCUGAAUGAUGAUGAAUUGGUUAUUAACUUAUUUGGUUGAUUGUUUUAUGAAUUCUGAAUGUACAAUGUCAUCUAGUCAUGUCUCAUGUCAGCAUGUGGAAGCUUAUGAAUGUGCAAUCUACUCAUGUGGAAGCUUAUGAAUGUGUCAUCACACAAUGUCAUCUACUCAUGUCUCAUGUAAUCUAAGUUAUGAUGUGCGAUGUGUAACUGACUAACUGUGUAAUGUGUUGCCUAUCAGCCUAUGUGUACAUAACUUGACUUAUGUUUUAAAUAUGAUAAAUGUAUUUGGUUCUCUAGUAUGCUUGUUAGUAGUCUUAAUUACCACGCCAAAAGGUUAAAUAUAAAAUUAUAAUAAAAUAGUGUCUCUUACAUACUGAUAUUGUACAUCUAAACAAUGACAUUCCAAAAAGGAUCUCAUCUGCCACCUCUUUUGUAUUUCAGCUUCUCCUUCACCUGACUAUUGAAUGUUGAUUGUGCUGUAUAUGUCUCUUACUCUAUAUGUUUCACUGUCAAUGUUGUGAGAGAACUUACAAAAUAUUCAAUAUAAAAAAAUUAAAAAAGAACUGUAAUAAAACCUGGUCAUAGAGAUCAAGACUCACCAAUUAGUUUGUUGUCAUUGAUUACCAUCAUCCAGGGGACGAAAGUCCCCUGAAGGCCCGUUUUCAGUCUUGAGUUAAAGUGAAAACGACCCUUUAUUUUUGUUCAUAAAUGGGCUUAUACCCCAACCUAACAGGGUAAUCUUCACAGCCCAGCCCAAUAUAAUCUUCCAAAUUUUAUCUGCCCUAGCUAUAUUAAUCUCUAAGUUCCGUCUCUAGGGGCUGUCUCGCACAUUGGCUGCAUCCUUACAGAGUACUCUUCUUUGUUCGGCGUUCCGGUGUUUCCAGUUUUCCGGUCGGCCUCCUUUCAGAAAAUGGGGCUCUCAAACGAUCUGGAUCUGCUGAAUCCUUCUUUUGAAGAUCAGAAAAGGAAGCACAAGCUCAAGCGUCUCGUACCAUCCCCAAACUCUUUCUUUAUGGAUGUGAAGUGUCAAGGUUGCUUUAACAUAACAAUUGUGUUCAUCCAUUCUCAGACUGUUGUUAUGUGUGGAAACUGCCAGACAGUCCUAUGCCAGCCAAUGGGUGGACGUGCGAGACUCACUGCGGGCUGCUCUUUUAGGAGAAAGGAUGACUAGUAACCAAAGUCCAUGAUCAGUUCUUGCUGCUCUCUUUGGCAAGGUUACUAGUCACCAUUGGCAGGGGUCUUAAUACUGAAAAAGAACUAUUUAAAUUUGAAGUUUAAAAGCCGCUGCCAGGGUUUUUGAUGGUUGGGUUGUUUUGACUGCUCAGUAUCUGAGCAUUGUUGUUUUGAAUUAAGUAAUCAUAUUUAGGAGUGGAUUCGAUUCGGGUCACCAGGCUUGUGACUCGGCCCGGCCCGCUAAUGUUUGGGCCACCCGGCCUAUUCUGGUGGUCCGGGACCAGGUGUAGACCUAAACCGGGGGGCAGCAGGGUGCGGGCUCGGUUCAGUCAAAAACCCACUCGGAUCGGGCCCGGGUUCGGGACUCUGGGUCACAACAGUCAAUUUUUUUAUUUUGGGCCAAAAGAGCCGAUAGGUUGGGCUGAGACUACCCAAUUGUAACUUG